AUGAGGGAUCUUGCUGGAUUCGAGAACAACAAUUUGAACAGUAGAUUUUAUAAGCAUAGCCAAAUACCAGGGAGGGCGUUUAAAAGAGGUCUAUCACAACCAUACGAUCGUUUCAACUAUGUGAAACGGGACGCCGAUGCAUUCAAAGAUGAAUUAUCACGUCGCGGUCUCGUGUACGUGGUGAAAGGUGAUCAGCAGAAGCGAGAAGCCGAUCCCAUAUUAAUGGGACGUGACGCCACCAAUGAAAAACGAAGGAAUUAUGGAAACCUAACGGUGGCCGAGAUAAUUGAAAAGUAUGGCAACCAUAUUAUAACAAUUAACUACGAUACUAAGGAACAGGGGGACAAGUAUUUAAAGGAGAUUCAACAGAUAUUUAAGAAUCCACCGGAAACAAAAAUCAACGCUGAUGGAUGGCCGGACAAAAGUAUUUAUGACCCGGCAAAGGAUCUUAUGUUUUGGUGGCGUAAUGAUCCGGUAGCGAAUCAACAUCAUGAGCACUGGCACAUAGUGAUGAUUUCGGCUGAAGUUGAUGGCGUCACCAGAGAUCGAGAAGGUGAAAAUUUUAUCUACAUGCACAGACACAUGUUAGCAAGAUAUGAUGCGGACCGUCUUGGAUGCGGCCUCGAAAUUGUUGAACCGUUACCAGAUUAUAUAACACCCAUACCCGAGGCAUUCUAUCCUGAUCCGUAUUUAUCCCAAGACAAUGAUUCCAAUCCUUCAACUCCCCGCGUUUGGUUUCCAGCUCGUCCCGUCAACGAAACGAUUAAAAACAUUGUUGAAAAAAGUAGCAAUUCUUUUACCAUUUACACGGUCAAAUUCUUAAAUAAAACGUAUAACGAGUUAGAAAAAUGGAUCGAUCACAAAUAUACUAGGUAUCAUCCUGUCCAACUGGGGUGGAAUGAUUCCGAAGCGAAUAAUCUCGGGAGCGAGAUCGAAUCAAUAUUGCAUAACCUUGGACAUGAGAUACUCGGCUUCCUAAUGCAUCCGUAUACCAUUGGUUAUCCACCGAGCGUGUUAGUGGGCGCGCGUGCCGGGCUACGGGAUCCCCUGUUUUGGAUGUGGCAUCGGCAUCUAGAUAAUUUGUAUCUGAAGUUUCAGAAUAACCUUGGUCCCAACGACCUACUUCAAGACUCUCCGAAUGUCACCAUCCGAUCGACCGACGUCUAUCUCGCGUUCACCGAUGUGCUGCUCAAAGUUGCACCCAACGGGAGAAAAGAUGAUUGGCAAGCAUUUGGCGAUAAAACCUUUGGUGGUUCAAAGUUUGAUCUCGAUUGUUCGAACGAAACUGUGGUCACCAAAGAGUUACAGACGAAGAUGAAAAAUAGAACUUUGGUGUGGAGGGAAGAUAACUAUGACAAAGAAAACAUCACCUAUGUGUAUCCCAGGGAUUGGUAUUACUUCUUCCGAGUGAAAAAUGACGUAGACAUCAAAACCGAGGAGCAAAUGGAUUCCACUCAACUCAACAUGACAUUCCUGAGAUCUCUGACGAAAUAUGAUGAAAAGGAGGUAUCGGAGCUUUUAUUCUGCGACUGUGGAUGGCCGUACAACAUGAUUAUACCAAGGGGAAACAGAGAAGGCAUGAAAUUUAAGAUGAUCAUAUACAUCUCGGAUGGAUUGAACGAUCUCUUGCCAACCUACGAUCAGUGCGGUAGCACCUUACUGUGCGGCGGUCAGAAAUGGGAAGAAAAAGUUCCGGAUUCUAAGCCUUUUGGCUAUCCAUUCAACAGACCUUUUAAAAAUGACUCGUACGAACUGACAUUUAAGGGAUUAAACAACGUCGUAAUUCAUGAUUUCACGAUAAGAUUGGUGGAUAAUUUCGCGGAAGUGUAG